AUGGGCGAUGAGACUUUCCCGGAUCCAGUAGUUAAGAAGAAGCCAGCUUGUACUCUAUUUCUGACCUAUACCAGUAAUAUGGCCAAUUCAGCUCUUAGAGAGGAAUUUGAUGGUAACGAUUCAGGUGCUCGACCAGAUAUGGCUGUUACUUGGGGUAAAAUUCGAGGUGAUGCGAAGUCAGUUGAAGUGUUUUCGGAAGCCUCGCUUGUGUUCUCGCUGAUUGCAGCGAAAGCAUUCGCGGGACACGUCACCGAAACGACUGAAAUAACCGUGGCAGUAAAUUCGAUAGAAAACUGUCUGACUGAGCCGGGAUAA